AUGUCGGCCAUCUCCCGCUGGACAUUGUGGUCCCUCUCAGGAUGUAUUCUCAUCGUGCUUGCCCUUGUCCAGUGCACCGAGCAAGCCGCCUCCCUUGGGGAACGCCAGCUGCGCCCUCUCUCGCUCUCCGCCCUCGCCGCCCUCGUCGGCUCCCCUGACCCCAUCAAGAACAUUGACCCGUCCAACCCUCGCUCCCACCUGUCCCACAUCCUCAUUCCCCGUCCACCCGACACCGCGAACAACACCCUCGUCCGCACGUACAUAAUCUCCACCCUCCGCGCCCUCAAUUGGCACAUCGAGGAGGACUCUUUUGUCGAUACCACGCCCUAUGGCCCCAAGAAUUUCACCAACGUCAUCGCCACCAAGGACCCCUCCGCGCCUCGUCGCGUCGCCCUCGCCGCCCACUUCGACAGCAAAUUCUUCGAGAAGUCGCCCGAGAAUCAGUUCCUCGGCGCGACCGACUCUGCAGCGCCAUGCGCCCUCAUGCUAGACCUUGCCGAGGCCCUCAAUCCCCUCCUUGAUGCGCGUGCGAAACGCCUCGCUGACGCCGAGGGCACAUUCAACCCCGACGCGGACGAGGACGAGGACGAGGCGCUGCACACGACCCUUCAGCUCAUAUUCUUCGACGGCGAAGAGGCGUUCAAGGACUGGACAGAUACAGACUCGAUAUACGGCGCGCGCCACCUUGCGGACAAAUGGUCGUCUACCUUCCUUCCCCCCCACCCGAAACGCCGCCUUCUCCCCUACUCUUCCCCCCCGACCGCGCUCAGCACCCUCGAGCACCUCGUCCUGCUCGACCUUCUCGGUGCCUCCGCCCCGCGCAUCCGCUCCUUUUUUCCCGACACCGGAUGGCUCUUCGACAUGCUCGUGCGUGCCGAGGACAGGCUCCGCGCUGAGGGGCUGCUAGAUCCUGCGGGUGCGGGCGCGGCGGAGGCUUGGCGGAGCUUUUUUGUGCCGCGCACGGGGAAGGAGGCCAGCAUGGGCUACGUCGGCGACGACCACGUCCCGUUUCUGCGGCGCGGCGUCAGCGUGCUGCACGUCAUCGCCGAGCCGUUCCCGCGCGUCUGGCACACGCUCGCCGAUGACGCGAGCGCGCUCGACCUGCCGACCCUCCGCCGGUGGAACCUCCUGCUGCGUGUCUUCUUCUGUGAGUACCUCGGCCUGCAGCCGGACGUCGGCGCCGGCGCAAAACGCGACGCGCAUGCGCGACUCCGCGAGGCCCCGCAUCCGCACCGGGGCGAGGAGCCGCCGACAUCGUCGACGCCGCCGGAGAGUGAGCGGGUGACGGGCGCGCAGCCGAAUGUGCGGCGCUCGGAUAGCGAGUUGUAGGAGAUCUGGAUGGGCCAGAGUGCAUUGCUUGAGUCUAUAGCCAUGUACUGUCGUUUGGAAUACAGGUCAAAAUGGAUAUGC